ACUGGCAGAUGGAUGGUGAGCUAGCCUAACUAGCUAGCACGAUCAGACCAUAGCCAUGGGAGGGGGUAACAAGGAGCUGAGCUGCACCAACACCAACGACAACAUUGCUGACGUCCAUCAUGACAGCAGAGGAAUAGGCGGCCAUGGAUCCUACGACCCUGCUGCCGCGUACUACUCGUGCCCUCCGAUCGCAUAUCCUCCACCAGGAGUACAUGGGUGCCCCCCUUCUUGUUACCUUCCAAACCAAGGUUAUGGGUAUGGAUCAAUGGACAUGGUCAGUCCUAUGCUGCCUCUACUUAUCCACACCAUCAUGACUACGGCAGAACCGGCUAUCAUGGCCACGGAGCAAUGUUCGUUGUCCGCGGUGCAGCAGCAGUUGCCUAUGGCGCGCAUCGCUGGAGCCAUGGCGGCGGCCAUCACCACGGUGGAUACUACCCACAUCGCCCUGCAGUAGCUGCUGGAUGCCUUCGCUACGGUGGCAAGUUCAAGAAGCACCAUGGAGGACACUAUGGCGGCAAGUUCAAGCGUGGCAAGUUCUUCGGAGGCGUAGGCUUCAUUCAUGGAAAACACAAGAGGCGGAAAUGAGUUUCCAAUAAUGUGGAAGGAAAGCUUCUUCUAAAUAUGUGCACUCCAGUACUAUCCCCGACGGCUGGAUAUGUAUGGAUAACUAACCAAUGAAUGCUGGUAAUAAGUCGGGAACAAAUAUUAAUAAAUUGUUGGUACAUACAUAUGCAUGGCAAAUAAAUUGAAUUUGUAUUUGAUGUGG